AUGAUGAGCCAGCCAGUCAGCCAUGAGUCUCAUCUUUGUCACGAAGGACAGUGUUAUGAUAACGAUAGAAUUAUUUUUUAUAAUAAAGGAGAUGUUAUGAAACCUGGGGUGAAAAAUAUUGAAUGCAUACAAAAAAAGUGUUUAGGUCAAUGUUACGAUAAAGAUGAAAAUGUUUUUUAUAAACCCGGUCAAGAAAUGAAAUGGAACGGUGAAGAAUGUGCGAGAAAAAUUUGCGCCGUGUCUUUUGGUACUGGACCAUCGUACAUAGAAAUACAAACGUGUGCGAAAAUAGACGUGUCACCAGAAUGUUACAUAAAAAUAAAUUCCAGUAAACCAUAUCCGGAAUGUUGCGGACAAAUUAUUUGUCCAAAUAAUUUAUCACACGAAUAUUAUGAUAACAACAACGAUGUUGAUAAUUGA